UGCAGCCUCGCUCUGGCUCGCGCCGCGCCCCCGCGCGGAGUCCGCGCGUCAGUCGGUCUCCUGCACGGCUCUGGGGCGGCCGGUUGCAGCCAGCAGAGCGCGCCGACUCGGGGAGGCGUCGGAGUCCGCGGGUGUCGCGUGAAGAGGCUCGGAGCCCGAAGACUCGCGCAGCGUGAUGGCCCCCAUUGGCCUUAAAGCCGUGGUCGGAGAGAAGAUUAUGCAUGAUGUGAUAAAGAAGGUCAAGAAGAAGGGGGAGUGGAAGGUGCUGGUGGUCGAUCAGCUAAGCAUGCGGAUGCUCUCCUCCUGCUGUAAGAUGACAGACAUCAUGACCGAGGGGAUAACAAUUGUGGAAGAUAUCAACAAAUGCAGGGAACCACUGCCCAGCCUGGAGGCUGUGUAUCUCAUCACUCCAUCCGAGAAGUCUGUCCGCUCUCUCAUCAAUGACUUUAAGGACCCACCGACUGCAAAGUACCGGGCUGCACAUGUCUUCUUCACCGACUCUUGUCCAGAUGCCCUGUUUAAUGAGCUGGUAAAAUCUCGAGCAGCCAAAGUCAUCAAAACUCUGACGGAAAUCAACAUUGCAUUUCUCCCCUACGAAUCCCAGGUGUAUUCCCUGGACUCUGCUGACUCUUUCCAAAGCUUCUACAGUCCCCACAAGGCUCAGAUGAAGAAUCCUAUACUGGAGCGCCUGGCAGAGCAGAUCGCAACUCUGUGUGCCACCCUGAAAGAGUACCCAGCCGUGCGGUACCGGGGGGAAUACAAGGACAAUGCUUUGCUGGCUCAGCUAAUCCAGGACAAGCUCGACGCCUACAAAGCUGAUGACCCAACCAUGGGGGAGGGCCCAGACAAGGCGCGCUCCCAGCUCCUGAUCCUGGACCGCGGAUUCGACCCCUGCUCCCCCGUGCUACAUGAACUCACUUUUCAGGCCAUGAGUUACGAUCUGCUGCCUAUUGAGAAUGAUGUAUACAAGUACGAAACAAGUGGCAUCGGGGAGGCACGGGUGAAGGAAGUGCUUCUGGACGAGGACGACGACCUCUGGAUAACCCUGCGUCACAAGCACAUCGCAGAGGUGUCCCAGGAAGUCACCCGUUCUCUGAAAGAUUUUUCUUCCAGCAAGAGAAUGAACACUGGAGAGAAGACCACCAUGCGGGACCUGUCACAGAUGCUGAAGAAGAUGCCCCAGUACCAGAAAGAGCUCAGCAAGUAUUCGACCCACCUGCACCUGGCCGAGGACUGCAUGAAACAUUACCAGGGCACCGUGGACAAGCUCUGCCGAGUGGAGCAGGACCUUGCCAUGGGCACCGAUGCUGAAGGGGAGAAGAUCAAGGACCCCAUGAGAGCCAUCGUCCCCAUUCUGCUGGAUGCAAACGUCAGCACUUACGACAAAAUCCGCAUCAUCCUUCUCUACAUCUUCCUGAAGAAUGGCAUCACUGAGGAAAACCUGAACAAACUGAUCCAGCACGCCCAGAUCCCCCCGGAGGACAGUGAGAUCAUCACCAACAUGGCACACCUUGGGGUGCCCAUCGUCACAGAUUCCACGUUGCGUCGCAGGAGCAAGCCAGAACGGAAGGAGCGCAUCAGUGAGCAGACCUACCAGCUCUCACGAUGGACUCCGAUCAUUAAAGACAUCAUGGAGGACACUAUUGAAGACAAACUGGACACCAAGCACUACCCUUAUAUCUCUACCCGCUCCUCUGCCUCCUUUAGCACCACUGCUGUCAGCGCCCGCUAUGGGCACUGGCAUAAGAAUAAGGCUCCAGGGGAGUACCGCAGUGGGCCCCGCCUCAUUAUUUUCAUCCUGGGAGGCGUGAGCCUGAAUGAGAUGCGUUGUGCAUACGAGGUGACCCAGGCCAAUGGAAAGUGGGAAGUGCUCAUAGGAUCCACGCACAUUCUCACCCCACAGAAACUGCUGGACACGCUGAAGAAACUGAAUAAAACAGAUGAAGAAAUAAGCAGUUAAAAAAAUAAGCCACCCCUCCAAAAACCGAACCCUUCCCCACUGCUCCGCAGCCCCUGCCGCUGGCCACCUUGGUUACGUUGCUGACCCCUCUCCCUCCAUCCCCCCAGCUCUGCACGCCCUGGCCGGCACCGUGCCACUGUUCUCGUGUUUAAUGAUGCCCUCUUCUCCUUGGAAACAAAAGGAAAUAAUGCAUUAUGUUUUUUUAAAAAGAGUUCUCUUCUGUAUGUAUCCUAAGAGGAGAAGUUCAUGUGUAAGUGGCACGCUGCUGGGCAAGUUUCGGGACUGUUUGAAUGAAUGGACACACCGUCUCCCCAUUGGUUAUGAUUCCGUGACCUUGUACAUAACCCAGUACGACAUGUGCAAAUUGCUUGAGUAUGGGAAGGUAGAUGCUUGGGUGUUUUUAAAAACCUGCCUUGGAUUGUUCCUGUUCUUGUUGGGACUCAUAGAGAUGUCUGUUCGGGGAGUGUUUCAAACUGAGGAUUAAUCUGUUAUCUUUACUCCAUUUCCUACCCCUCAGUGCCUGCUGUCAUCCAGAUAAGCUUGGAAGUGAAGAUCAGGUGGCUUCUCGGGAGGUUUGAGCUGGAACCAACCUCUUUGCUUACCCUAGGGGCUCGUACCUUUUGGGCUGUGGCUGUGGGUGGGGGCUGAGGUGUCCUUAUGGUCAGGCUGAGUGCCAGCCGAUACCCAGUCAGUACCCAACCUGUCACAGCACCCUCCCUGGCCCAUGUCCACAGUGCUGUGUUCCUAGGGGGAAGUCGUUCUACCAUCCAAGUCACCAUGCCCGGACAAGUGAGAGCAAGCUCCCACUGGGAACAUUCAUCUCUUGGAGAAGCGGUUAGGCCUGUUCCUUUUGACCGGACUCCCUCCUUCCCCAGGCAUCACUUUAUCACCUCUUUCUUAGUGGGGUCAGCCUGGGGUAAAGCCUGGGUUCUGCAGGCUACUGGUUAGAGGGCCCUUACCUGGAGAGAGGGUCCGUCCCCUAAGACAUCAAGUGGCUGGAAGAGUAGCCCGUCGGAUUUAUACAGACCUUUUCCCACUCAGAUUACCCUCAGUUUAAGACACUUCAUAAUACUUUAUUUUUUGUAGCGCAGGGUCGUAUGUUGUCGUGCUUGUAAGAGAAAACGAUCAUUUUAUUCUCUGUAUAAAAACUUAGCUGUAUAAAAUUUAGCUCUGAUGCAAAAAUUAAAGAAGCAAACACAGGCAAGGAUGGCUCGUCCUCCUCAAGACUCAGCAGUUCUCAUUCCUCGGGAGUGGGCGCACCAUUCGUUCUGCUGCUGUUGUCGUGAAAUAUAAUGACAGUGGAAGUCACAAAAAUGUCCCCUGCCCGGCCCUCCUCCCCCGCCACCCUUUAACUCCUGCAGACCGUGUGUAUAUUACUGUCUCGUGAUGUCAUUGCAAACGUGGUAUAUGCUAGUUAACACCCCCACCACCGCUUUCCUUUCAGGAUAGGUUCCUCGCCCGCCUGGUAGAUGCAUUGUGGUGUUGUUCUCUUCUCAAGGCUUUGAAAUCUCCCCUUCGCACUCAGAUUAGUUUUCAGGUCUGUCUCCCUUCUCCCCCUUAAGAUAUCGAUCUCAUUUCCUUAGGCCAGAACUGUAGGUACUUGCAUUGGUUUGUUUCUUACUGUUACUGCUUGUUUUGUCCCCUCCCCUUGACCAAAUGAUGCUCACGCUUCAGGACCUUGUUUGUCGAACAUGUUGGUUUUCCUUUGUCUAUUAUUUAUAUAAAAAUAAUUUAUCAAAAGGAUAUUUUAAAAAAAGCUAGUCUGUCUUGAAACUUGUUUACCUUGAAAUUAUCAGAAUCUCAGUGUUUAAAAGUAUUGAAGCACAAACAUGUAUCAUCUCUGUACUGUUCUGUACUAAAGCACUCGAGUCUAAUAAAUAAAUCAGUGCCCAUUCACGUGUC